CGACCACACUCGUGACAGCCCGGGCCCGCGCCGCGGCGGCGCAGCCUCGCGCCGGGCUGGGGGGCGGGGGGGGAGCGCAGCGCGUGCAGAGGGCGCGCCCUGCUCAGCGCCCAAAAGCCUCCGCGUGAGGGACGGGAACAGCUGACAGGCGGUCACGUGGUUCUCAGGGCAGCUGGGAUCGCUGCGAUAGUGGCGCAGAGGGGGCAGGUUGCCGGCGGGCGGCUCCGGUUCCGAGAGGCUACACUCUGAAGAAUGCUAGAUGACUGAAUAGUCUGCAAAACUGAAAAUAAAAGUAAUUAACCCAAAAGCACAACAGAAACUGAAAGACUGCCAUUUGGAAAAAGUCAUGGAACAAGAACAGGAUCCUGCUAUUCUAGAAGAUGCAAACAUUAAAGCUAUUAAAGAAGAGUUCAAGAAAGCCUUUAUCUUUGUCAAUAAAGGACUGAGUACAGAUGAAUUGGGUCAAAAGGAAGAAGCAAGGAACUACUAUAAGCAAGGACUUGACCACUUGCUUAGAGGAGUUAGCAUUCCAUCACAAGGUCCUGAAUGUACAGGAUCCCAGUGGGACUCUGCCAGACAAAUGCAGCAAAAGAUGCAAGAGACUUUACAAAAUGUUAGAACUCGGCUGAAUAUUCUAGAACAAAAUACCCCUGCUAGGCAAACUAAUGCCAUCUCAAUGAAUGUGCCUCUAGAGGUGCCCAAGUUAUACCCAGUGAUUCCCACUAAUGAAAAGCCAGGAAGGCCCCCUGCACCUUAUUCUCUGAUUCUACCAUCUGGGCCUCCUGCAGCAAAUGAAAAUGUUGCAACUACAAGCAAAGAGCAACUUCCAGCUAUGAGUCCUUCAUCUCCAACAGCUCACUCUCUACCACAUGAAGCUCCUCCUGUGUAUACCCCUCAAGCUACUGAUGGACACUAUACCGUAUCUUACGGUACAGACUCUGGGGAGUUUUCAUCAGUUGGAGAGGACUACUACACAAAAUGUACUCAGCCACCUCCCCUUGAAAGUCUAGGAGUAGAUGCAGAUGAACUGAUCCUGAUUCCCCAAGGAGUACAGAUAUUCUUUGUGAGUCCUGAUGGGCAGGUUAGUGCUCCUUCGUAUCCUGGAUACCUGCGCAUUGUGAAGUUCUUGGACACUGAUGGUGCAAUGGCCCAGAAUCGUCCCCCUGCAUUUCUUCAGGUUUGUGAUUGGCUGUAUCCUCUUAUGUGCAACCAGUCUCCUGUUCUGUGCUGUAAUACUGGAGUCUACAUGUUCCCAGAUUUGAUGUCGCAGGUGCCAGGAUCCCACGUGGGAGUAGUGCUAUCUUCAGAACUCCCAGCAGCUGACAGAGAGCUUUUUGAAGAUCUGUUAAAACAGAUGUCUGACCUCAGAGUCCAGGUGCCAAGAUCCCAUGAGGGAGUAGGAUUAUCUUCAGAACUUGCAGCAGCUGACAGAGAACAUUAUGAGGAUAUGUUAAAACAGAUGUCUGACCUCAGAGUCCAGCCUUUGGAAGCUUCAAAUGAUGUGAUUAACCUGGCCCAGACUGUACGCAUCCAACCAGAGCCUGAAGGAGGCGAGAGAGAAAGAGAGUUACCUGAGUGGAGUGAGAAAGUAGCCCAUGGAAUCUUGUCAGGAGCAUCCUGGUUGAGUUGGGGUUUGGUCAAGGGAGCAGAAUAUACUGGCAAAGCAAUCCACAAAGGAGCUUCCAAAUUGCGAGAACACAUUCAGCCAGAAGAAAAACCGUUGGAAGUAAAUCCAACUGUAGCAAAGGGGCUUCAUGUAGCAAAACAAGCAACUGGAGGAGCUGUAAAAGUCAGCCGGUUUUUGGUUGAAGGGGUGUGUUCAAUAGCAAGCAGUAUUGGAAAAGAGUUAGCCCCACAUGUGAAGAAGCAUGGGAGCAAAUUGGUUCCUGAGUCGCUUAAGAAAGACAAAGAUGGAAAGUCCACUUUUGAUGGUGCCAUGGUUGUAGCAGCAAGUGGAAUUCAAGGGUUUUCAACAGUAUGGCAAGGUUUGGAAAGUGCAGCAAAAUGCAUUGCUAAUAGUGUUUCAACCGAGACUGUUCACACUGUCCAGCACAAGUAUGGGGAUGAUGCAGGCCAUGCUACAGACAACGCUAUGAAUUCUGCAAUCAAUGUUGGUGUGACAGCAUUUAACAUUGACAACAUUGGUAUCAAAGCUAUAGUGAAGAAAACUGCAAAAGAGACUGGUUAUGCUGUGCUGGAUGAAUAUAAAGUACUAGAAAAGGAGAAAAAGGAUGGAAGAUAAAACAUUUAAUUUCCCAAAGCCUUACAGUAUGGAUGUAACUUACUAUUUUAAAGUAAUGGGAUAAUGCUAACCUAUAAUGUAAGUAUUUAUUUUUAUAACUGUCUUUACGAAAACUAAUUAUUUACAUACUUGAGAAAACUGAAGGCAUAAAACUAGUGACUUUCUCUGAGUUGAAAGUACCCUUCAUUCAGCACUUCUGCAUCAUGUAUCAGUCUGACCACUGGAAGGAUAUGGAUUUGGAAUUACAUGUAGUACAUUCAGGAAAAAAUCAUCUCCAUAAUCUAAUUCAAAAACACUAUUUUUUGAAAAUAUAAAAUGGAACAGUACCAUGAAUGGAAAUAUGAACUUGUCUUGAGUAUUUUUGUAACACUGUUUGUAAAGAAAAAGGGUUGGCACUCUGAAUAAAUCUAAUAGGGUUUAUGGUUUAUUAAUUCCACUUUUAAUUAUUAUGGUUGAAAUGAGUUUACCAAGGCAGAAUUGUCUCCUCUAAUUAUAUGCACUAAGAUUAGUUUUGGGUUCCAUUCUUUAGUUUCAAAAGAUUAGAGAAAUUCCUUUAGGACAGUUAACAUUUAAAUAGCAGCUGACCUAAUAACCAAAGUCAUAGUAAAAGAAAUGAAAGAGAACCUCAGGUAGCCUCCCUCCUUUUAAAGUUAAAUGCUUUUCAGAACAAAUAUUUAUGUAAACCAAAGACUUAAACCACACUUUUUAUUAGGGUGACAAGUACUCUCUGUACAAGAGAACCAACUCAAAAAUAAUCAGAGUAUUCACAAGUUGGCAGUAAAAAAAAGAGAAUUCAAUAAUUCUGUGCAAUUUUUUUUCCCUUUUGGGGGUGGGUGGGUGGGAGAGAACUAAUUCUGUAGUACCAAAAAAAAUCAGGGUGAGACUCUAGCCAGGAAAAAAUUCUUCUAUAGAAAAGAUUUCACUGACCUUUUACACUGCAUGUGUUUCACAAUCCAUCUACUGUAACUGUAAUGUCUUUAGAAAGAUUUCUAAUGUAUUGUAACAUUGGGUAUUACUGCCCUCUAAUGGAAUAUCAGGGUAUUUGAAAUGUUAAGUUUUUGUUUUCUGUCCUACUUCAGAAUCUAGUAUUAAAUGCCAACAAUUAUUAAAAUGAGCUUUCAGUCUUGGUAAGGGCAUGACUUCAUGGGCAUGAACACGAUGAAAAAUUAAAUUCUGAAAAUCAUCCCCAUGAAUGUAAUAUACAUGCUGCUUUUGUAAGUAGUUACUUUUUGCCCACUUUCUAAUCAGACAUGAACUGUCCUGAUGUUUCUUAUAGAACAAAAAGUGUGUACAACAGCUUUGUGUAGUAUACAGGACUGUGGUACAUAUGAAAAACUCAGGUCAUUCUCUGCUACUGACUCAAAACUUCAUUACUGGGCUUCACCGCUGCUAUCCGUUCCAGUCUUGAUUGAACCUGUAGUGGAAACAAAAUGACAUUUACAAACUGUCUGUCUGUCUUUCACAUUAAUUUCAGAAAAUGACUUAACUGUGUGACUGGCUCAGAUUCAUGAAUAAAUGCAAUCAAAGUCUAUACUAAUGGAUUAAUAGCUGUGCAAAUACACUACCUUCUAUUACAUGCCUGUAGCUGGUGAUGGUGAGAAGCAUGAGGCCAAGAGCGUAACAACUUGACUCACAAUUCUUGGAGUGUCUUGUGGAAUUAAGAUUAUAAAUAAAACUAAUUGACCUGUGUGCUUAGCAUUACUAUGGA